AUGGACGCGAUCACGGUGUAUUACAAUGAAGUCAGGUUCUUUCAGGUUGUAGAUGAGUUUGUGGUACCCCUCAUCUACCGAAUCUUGCAGACUGCCACGGUGACGGCGAGUCAGGUGGCUGUGUCGGGGUAUUUGGGGACGGCGACAGCGGCGGAUUUGACAGGGGUUGCGGGAAGCUUGCUACAAGCCUCGGCGCCGUUGGAGGCAGGGUUGAUUCACUACCUUAUCUUUUGUCUUCAUGUUGCGCUUUUCUUGAACACGGCACGCGAACCGCUGCAGAAGAUAUUGAAGUAUUCGUCGUCGGUGAUAUUUCGGAUUGCGGCGCCAGCUGCUAUCUAUGUGGUGUUGAGUUUGUGGUAUACGUUGAUCAACCUGACGUUUCAUGUGCCGUUGUGGGGUGGACUAGGAGCCGUGGGAUUUUGGGUUUUUCGGUUGCUGGCAUGGAUAUCCGGUCUCUCCAUCGGCCUUGCAAUGGAAUCAAUGAUCACAAUUCUCGGUCCCUCCUUCCUCCCCUUCUUCCCCAUCCUCUGGCUCGUCCUCGACAUCUCCUCCUCCUUCUUCCCACCCGACGUCCAACAACGCUUCUACCGCUACCGAUAUGCCAUGCCCUUCUACCACAACACACAAGCGACAUAG